UAGAAUACGGCCGGACUGUCGAUAUUCAUUCAAAGCUUCUGUCGACGUUAUUCAUUUGGAGUUCCAAUUUUGAGACUCUAAGGAAUACGAUCGAACCGAUUACUAUAGUUAUAUGUAUAGAUAUAUAUCUAUAUAUUAUGUAUGUAAAAUGAGGAAGGAUAAGAACGCUCGAUUGAUCUUAUCACUUACUUUUAUUAAGUGUUUACGAGCAUUGAAUAAUCGUCAUAGAAAAGUUUAAUAUCUCGGACUUAACUAAUCGAAUCUCGUAGAAGAUCGAUCAGGAAGGAUGAUUUUUCCUAAAUGCAUGGAUCGUGGUUGAAUAAUCAUUAGCGUAGUAAAGGAUCCCUUUUGAAUAUCAGGAUGCUAUUUUUAUCGGUGGAAACCUAAAUACCGAAUAGCACGCUCUCGUAGAGGUGCGCGCUUGCGUCUAUGUAUGCGUGUAACACGUACACGCUGACACACAUUUUGCUUUUCUCAAUUGACAGUUGAGUCGAUCCCGUUUAAAGUAACAAUGCUCGUUGGCGCAUCUUCUUGAAUUCUUAUACGUAAAUUCAAUUCUAAGAAUGUAAUCAUUCAACGAUAAUCGUUCGAUCGUAAAGUUAAACAUUUGGUAGAAAAUGAAAUGUUUAAGAAGCACGGUUCGAUCUUGGGAUAGUUUAAUCGGUAUUCGAAUAGAUGUGUGCGUGUGUGUGUAUAUAUAUAUAUGCAUGCAUGCAUGGAUGUAUGUAUGUAUAUAUGUAUGUAUGCAUGCAAGUGCCGUCCGUCGAGCUCGGAUUUCAAAGUACCGCCGGCAGUAUGCUUGAAACCGUAUAUGCUUAGUAGCCUUGAUCCUUUCACCGUUAUAAACCGAUUAUUGGACUUUGAUAUUUACUAUUUUAGACGGCACGUAGAUAUAUGAACGCGCGAAUAACUUUGAAUAAGUGAAAUAAUAUCGAUAAGAAAAAGGUAAAGGUUAAAAAGUUAAAGCAGUAAAUAUCGAGUAAGUAGAUCUUUCUUCUUUUGGUCAGACAAGAGAAAUGAAAGAGGUUAGAACGUCGUAAGGAGAAGAGGCGCGCUUUUCAAACCGUUAACACGAUACUACCAUCCGGUUUUUUUUUCUUUUUUUUUUUUUGACUGAUUCGUAGAGUCAAUUCGUCGCUGGAAAAUUAAUAUAGUACGAAAGAUAAUCGUAGUCGUUGUCUCGUGAUGUCAACGUUGUUAUUAUUGCAAAGGAAGGGUGCGAUGACGACAGGGCCGUCGUACACCAUCGUCGUCGCUCGUUCGUCGUAUCGCGAAACGAAACCGUUUUGGAUCGUGGUACUUACCGAGAAUAACGAGAUACAAUAAUAUAACGUGAAUCACACACCAGGAUACCGUAUUAGUACACCGUGUGACGUCAUAGUGGAGAACAUCAUCCUUAACCGCGUCACGCACCGCUAAACCCGACCUUCGUCCGACUAUACCUACUUAAGCUUUCCUUUCGCAUUCCAACGACCUAUUGGAGAAAUGAGUUUUUUUCUCUCUUUAAAACGAGUCUCCAGUAAUCGAGACGAGACCUUGUAAACGUUUUUUUUUCUUUCUCUCUCUCUCUUUCUCCUUUUUUUAUCUUCAUCGCCUUCUCAACGAUAAUAAUAAAAAAAAAUCCAUCUUCCACGCAUUGUCCCGUUUCUGCACCCCCUACGCAAACUCUGCGACGAUCUAGUAUCUAUUUUUUAUACUCAAUACUCUCAUCGUUCGUCAAUUUGUAAGUUUGCCUUUCUUUCGGAAGACAGAACUUUCACAAGACAGAUCGUAGAACGUGAAUUCGUAUAAAGAUAUGGGAGUCAUUAGGACGUCGGCCCUGAGGCUGGUCUGCCCACGCGACGGGUCUACGUGCUCUGCUAAAAAUAUCGAAAGCGCACCACCGAUCGAGUAUCGAGAAUGAUUUCGUACGCGCACGUGUUUCUUUCCCCUUCUGUAUAUACUCCGUAUACUACCGAUCAUCGGUGACGAGGACGAGUGAUAUCUCUUCUUAAUCCUGCCAUUGUUCUCUCUCUUUUUUGAUCUUCUCAUGUAUAUACAUACAUACAUACAUACAUACAUACAUAUAUAUAUAUAUAUAUAUACAUACAUACGUACGUAAUAAAGUAAAAGAAAUAUAAAAAGAAAGAAAGAAAACCAAAAGAAAAGAUCAAUCAUUCGACGACUCGUAUACGUAGGUAAUUUUUAAUGGCAAAUUAAGAAACGCUGUCUCUUACUACUCAACGAAUAGUAGAGAUUCGUUUGAGUGAAUUUUCCUAGACUCGAGACACGUUUUAGUUUCUCGACGACCCUCUAAGAUUAUUAAGUACUGUUAGACGACAAGUGUACGGUUCAAAAGUCGCGACGAUACGUUUAUGCAUUGCAUCUUGCUAGCUAGUAGUCACGAACAUCAGAAAAAGACAGACAGAGAGAAAAAGAGAGAGAGAAAGAGAGAAUGAGUAGAGGAGGGGAAGAGUGAUGAGGGAGAAGAAGAGAAGAGGGGGUCCAACGGACGGGAAAAUGAACUCAGAGCAUGAAUGCAUCGCCUUCUAAAAUAUGCAGACGGCAUUGCGCUAUGUAUGCCAGUCGCUGAAACUCGCUAGGAAAGGAUGAGUCUUCCCGAUUUUCUUCUAACUCGUUACACGUGACACGCGGAAAUGCUUUCUCUUUGCCUGCCCAUUUUCCUUUCAACGCUUGAAACGAUCUCAAAGCGGGACAUUCAAAUCUACACGCGUUACGUAUAAUUUGGUCGAAUAAAACGUUGAAAAAAAAAAUAUAUAUAUAUAAAAUAAGAAAAUUUGCAAAAGAACGAUAAAGAAUUAAAAAAAGAAAAAAAUCGAAUAGUCAUAAAAAAUAAUAUCGGGAAUAAUAAUAUCCGAAAUAUUUUAUCUGUCCGAGUUAAGCGAUAUAAGCAAUAAAAUCGAUGGCUCCUAGUUCCAAGGCAAAUGGCCAACCUUGGAAUGUUCUAGGCGCGCUUGCUGCCCGUAUCUAUUUUAUGUAUAUAUCAAUAGAGCAAUACGAAAAUACAUAAUAACUGUGUAAAUUAUAGUUCGGUAGUCGAGUUUAGAGUAAACGUAGUCGGUAAAAGCUCUCGACAUUGUUAAAUUGUGUAGCGUGACGUUAUUCGAGGUCUUUUCGUUUUUAGAAUGGUUCAAUGAAUUACGAUAAAGAUCGGAUGUUCAAGUAUAAUUUUCUUCUGGUUGUAACUUUCAUUCACCCUGCGUGCCGUUGCACGUCUUUCUCGUGAAUCUUUCCCGAUUCUUGUUUCUCAACGAGGCGUCUGAACGAACGCCGCAUUUAAGCCAGCCGUUAUCCAUAUUGCGGUGCAUUAAUAGCCGGACGUCGAGGAGAGAGAGCUAUAGUUUCUCUCGAGAUAAAUAACAAUCAAGAUGGUGGUGGGCGAAGCUAGUAUACAUAAUAUAAUGGGAGGGAUGGAGAGUACAGGAGGAGUGCGUCUUCAUAAUCACAAGAGGAAAUUGAAGCAAAGGUUUGACAUUAUCAAGAAACUGGGCCAGGGAACUUAUGGCAAGGUCCAAUUAGGAAUAAACAAAGAAACGGGCCAAGAGGUAGCGAUAAAGACAAUAAAAAAAUGUAAAAUAGAGACAGAGGCUGAUCUGAUUCGGAUACGUAGAGAGAUACAAAUCAUGUCAAGCGUACAGCACCCUAAUAUCAUUCACAUUUAUGAAGUUUUUGAAAACAGAGAGAAGAUGGUAUUGGUUAUGGAAUAUGCAGCCGGUGGUGAGCUUUACGAUUACUUGAGCGAACGCAAAGUUUUGUCGGAACAGGAAGCACGAAGAAUAUUUCGUCAGAUAGCAACUGCAGUUUUCUACUGUCACAAACAUAAAAUAUGCCAUAGAGAUCUUAAACUAGAAAAUAUACUCUUGGAUCAAGUUGGAAAUGCAAAAAUUGCUGACUUUGGUUUGUCAAAUGUAUUCGACGAACAAAGAUUAUUGAGUACAUUUUGCGGUAGUCCAUUGUAUGCAAGUCCUGAAAUAGUAAAAGGUACACCUUAUCAUGGACCUGAAGUAGAUUGUUGGAGCUUGGGAGUUCUUUUAUAUACAUUGGUUUACGGUGCCAUGCCCUUUGAUGGGUCCAAUUUUAAGCGACUAGUCAAGCAGAUCUCACAGUCUGAUUAUUUUGAACCCAAGAAACCUUCUCCCGCUUCCCCUCUGAUCAGGGAUAUGCUCACAGCUUGUCCUGCUAGACGAGCGGACAUUGAAAAGAUUUGCAGUCAUUGGUGGGUAAACGAGGGCUAUGAACAAAAUUGUCUCGACAUCGCGGAAGAUCUUGCUGCACAAACUCCUGUCCGACUCGAUUUGUUGCUCUCGUUGGUACCUCAAUCGGCUAGCGCAGAGAAAUUACUCGUAGGCGAUCAACAAACAAGCGGAGAUGUCGCAAAUAAUAUGUCUUCCGAAACGCUAGUGCCUACGAGAUGUCACUCGGUUGGUAGUCUAAUGGAAUUCGAUCAAAGUAAUUCAGACAGACGAAUAAGGGAAUUAUUUGAGGAAGAAAAUAGAGGAGCAGCAGCAGCAGCUACGGAUGCGAAGAGAAAAUUAGAGACUACGCCAUCGAUGGACGAGACAAUUGCGGCGACCGUUAAAAAGAAAGAAAGGUCUAGGAGAAAAGAAAGAUCAGACGAAAGAGAGCCUAGAAUGUAUAGAUCAACGUCCAGGCAUCAUUCAGCACCGAUUCCAAACUCUAUAAUGGAAGAAACGAUGGAAGUAGAGCCUACAGCGACUGUAACUGUUCCUACAAGUAAGACUGUUGAUUUAAAUAAAGUAGACGCGGCAGCUUGUUUAGAAUUAAUAGAAGAAUCUAAAGAAAAAUCACCUAGCAAGGAGAGAAGUAAGACGCCAGUACCUAUGGAGCAUGAACAAUUAUCCAAAGAAAUGUCUGCAAAAAAUAUUGAUAGAUUUUACGAUACUAGUCAAAAUGAAAACAAGAAGGAAGGUACGUUGCAAGAGACGUCGGAGGAAAGUAAUCAUCAACAGGCAAUUGCUUCUGUAGAAAAGAAUAAAAGUACACAUGCAUUACCAAAUAAAGUAGCGUCAAGUAAGGAAUUAAACGAUACUUCCAAAAUAAACGUGCCAAAUAAAGAUAAUUUAAGUAACAAGUUGGAAGUCGAUAAUCCGCUCGACUCCGCUUCGGAGGAUAUGAAACAAAUAGACUCUAUGGAUAAAGAAAUUAAGAAGUUAAAAGAAAGAGCGUUGUCUCUUGAUUCUGAACUUGCCAACGAAGUAGAGGAUGUACUUACGAAACCCGUUGAAAGACGGCGAUCGAAAAUCUUUGAAACUGCAGAGAAGUUCAAUCAAAUGACAUCCAGCUUGGAAAAUGAAAAGCCAAAAAAGAUUUUCAUUCCUGGUGUUAACGUCGGUGGUGCCAAGCGUGCCUUCGAACGCAAAGCGAGUCUUACAUCUGGUACCGUUACACCGGUUAAACAUAAUGCUUCUAAAGUUAUUAUCGACGUAGAUAAGAAAUCUGAAAAAAUUGACGAUAAAUCAAAACUCGUUCAGGCUAGCGUAGAUACGGAGGAAAAGUCGAAUAAGCGAGACGACGCUAAGAAACGAGCUGUUGAUAUAAUAACUGGUGCGAUUGGUAAGCCACCCGUGCUUCGAAAAGUUAAUGGUUCUCCGCCAACGUCUCCUCAAAAUCAAGAGUCUAAAAAGAUAGGAUUAAAGAUACCGGUAGGUCCGAACGAUAUUAGGGCUGCAACGGUAUCUGUAUCUACGCCAACUGAAACCAAAUUUUCAUUUGACAAUAAUUCCAUUUCGUCCGACAUUACUACACCUACUACGUGUGAAAUAUCCAAUAGCGAUAAUUCACAAACCGAAGAGCCAAAGGUAUCCAGCAAAAUGGAAAUAACACUUAAAAGUGCCACUUUACCACGACCCCGAAAAACAAGUAAAGCGGAAAUUACAUUGUCAGGGAAUAAGAUUCCAGAUACAGUUGCUUUUAAAUCAGAAGUGGAGGCUAAAGUCGAUGCUUUCCCGUCGCAGAAGCUAAGAACACAAAGAUCUGAAAUAGCAUUUCCCGUGGCUGCAGUAGUUCCACAGACAAAUAGAAGUUCUAGUCUAGAACCAGAGAUAAAGCCGAAAGUUCAACCGCGAGAGAGGAUUAUCCCUAUUCAGGUUGAGCCAGACCAUCAACAUGUACAACAAUCGCCUACUACUCCUCCCAAACCUCCGAUGCCACAGAGAUCUAUGUCCCAGCGAUCAGGAUCUUUAUCUCGUCAAUCAACAGCGGACUCCGAUACUGACAGUGCUCUUGGUUCAACGAUAGGACCGGAACCGAUAAGAAAAAGCCCGAGGGAAUAUAUAAUUCCUAUUGCUGUAGAAGGUGGUGGCUAUGUUACACCCAGAUCUGGUAGUGUAGAGCCAGAAAGUAAAACUGGCACACCAACUAGUACAAAUCCGCCAAGAUCCAGAUUCAGUAGACCAAGAAGAAUGAGUUCUCUGUUAUCUGAUGCUAGCGAGGAUGAAUCGCCAUUUUCUACUUUACAUAGAGAUAGCGAAGAUCUUUUACAAAGGCAUAUGCACAGAUUGCGAAGUUCACGACCAUCUAGACAACCAUCUGAACACGGCGAUAGUUUAUCUUCCGGCGAAGAUGACGACGACGAUGGUUUCGAACUAUUAACAGCUGAAAAUUUGUUUUCUACUUUAUUGUCUAGAGUACGAAGCUUGACACAAAGACUUAACGUUGACGAUAGAGGCAGUAGUAGUUUCCCAAGCAGCCGAUUAUUGGGACGACUUGGAGUUAAUUCGCCGCAAAAUUUCUGGGGUCAUAAUAAGCCAUUAUCAAGCCACGAGAUCUACUUUGAAACAAGGACCGUGACAACGCGACUGUCGGAAUCGCAGUUCAAACAUUCUCUAAGCCGUGACACUGAUAUAUUUGGCAGAAAAGAUUCUACCAGUUCAAUAAAUCCUGGCUCUCCUAAUAGUCCAGGUUCUCACAACGCACCUUCUUCAAGAGAGAGCGUUUUUGAAAUUGGAAGCAAUACAUUACCACGAGAUAAAGUAGAACAUGAAGACAUAGAAGCGGAGACGGUACAAAUCAGAAAAGAGGCUCAAGAAUCCUUAGAACAGAAUUUUACUCCUAGUUUGGCACGAAGAUUAAGCAGGCAGUUUAUAGAACAAACUAGACAAUCAUUACCAAGAUCGUUAUCAAUAUCAUGCGAGAAGUAUUAUCAAUCUCCGACUAGGGAAAAUUUAAGUUUAAUAGAUACACCCGAGGGUAUUAAAAGGCAUUCUAGUUCAACUACAUCGGAUCAAACGGAAUAUAGAAGUAGAUCGGCCGAUAGAAAUAUUCGAAGAACUAAUAGUUUGUUGGAAGCCGGAAAUAAAGCGGAUAAACUAGAUUACCGAUUUUCUAGAAGAAGUAUCAGUCUCUUUGACGACGACGAUAACUUCUUACCACUUCCAAGACAAGUCAUGACUCUUGGGAGAAAGUAUAAAGAAAUUGGAAGAUCGAAUUCUGGGAAUACUUGGAGAGAUACUUUUAGCGUUCAUAGAACGGAUAAAAUUCAAGAAGAAUCGUUAGAAGAUACAUCACAGUUGCCUAAAGAAGUAUUAAACAAUACGGAUAAUAAUCUAGACGCUGGUUCGGUAUCCGAAUGUACUUCGGUAUCUAUAUGUAACUCAAACACUAAUUUAGUCGAUACUACAUCUAGUAUAUCGAUCAAAUCUCGCGACACAUCCCCUGCUGAUUCGUCGUCAAAUAUAAUUGAUUCUGGUAAACCACCAUACAGAAUGGAUUCGUCGAAAAAUUUUGAAAAUAGACUUUUGGCAGCUGAGAAUCUGAUAAAGGAAUCAAAAUUGAAGAAUUUAGGACCGUCGAAGUUUGAUCCCAAUUUAAAUUCUAAUUACAAAGAAACUGAUAAAUGCGACAAAGAGUCUUUAAGUACAAUCUCGGAUGCACCUAACAUGACCAUAUCUAAGCGACGCAGUUGCAUUCCAAGUUUAAGAUUACGUUCUGGUUCUUUAACAAGGGAACCUUGUAUAGAUAGUGAUAGGAGAAAAUCAUUUGCCGGAUCGCAAGGAACUCUUUCCAACAUUAGAGCAUUAUCGCCAGAAAAAUCUAUUUUAAGUAAGUUCUUUAGAGCUGGUAGCAGUAAAGAGAGUGAUUCGAAGGACAAAUCUCAGAAACCUAAGCAGCAUCGAAUUUCACGCUUUUUACGACCAGACUUUUUUGAUACCCCGCGGGAAGAAAGUCGAUACGUUAAAGAAAAAGAAGCGCAAAAGGCUGCGGAGAACGAACGAAGAAAAUCUAGAUUCAUGAAAAAGAAAAGUGAAAAUAAAAGCGCGGAAUGUAAGCAAGAAACGAAGCCAGAGAAGGAAUUGAAGAACGAAAUGAAUUCGCUUAAAAAGGAUAAGUCUGAUAUUUCAUCGGACGAUAAAUCCAAUAAAGAUGAUCAUUCGAAAUUGAAAUUUGAAAGGCAAUCCUCGAGAAAUAGUUUUCUACAUUCUUUAGAAAAGAAAUUAGAAAAGUUUCGCGUAACUGAUGAAACACCAAAAUCUUCGUCCAAUGGCGGUCUCUUGAUCGAUCAAAAAGUAAGAGCUUUGAGAGAAAAUUCGGCACCUCCGUCAGAUUCCUUGUUCACAGAAUCAAAUUUAAUAAAAAGGGCAAUUAGCGUCGAGGAUCUGUCUUCGAAAGAAAAUUCUCUUAAUUCUAGAAAAAGUAGAGUAUCGUCUGUUCUAGGACUGUUUAAAAGUUCUGAUGUAAAACAAAAUUCAAACGCAAUCAAAUCGCAAAGUACUAUAAUGAGCAAGUUAAAGAAAAGUCCUCCUAAGCUUGUAAAACCGGAUGCUUCUUCGACGAACGAGGAUACGUCAUCCACAAGUAAAAUUCCAAUGAAAAUGGUUAAAAAUGACUCUAGAUUAAUUAAAAAACCUACAGAAAGUAAAAAACCUUUGGAUAAUUCUCUAACGGAAUCGAAAAAGUCGCAAUACAAAGACAAAGUAAAGGAAAAGGAUACGAAUUCGAAAGAGAGGAAAUUGUCCAACGAAAAACAGUUAAAAACAAGCGCGGAAGAUGAAUCGCAAAUGGAUAAAUCAUCUACAACAGAGAUUUCAGUCGACAAAGAAAUAGUUAAGAAAACAAAUUUAUGUAAAAAAGAAGAUGAUCCUAAGCCUAUUUCUAAUGUACCAGAGACUCGUAAAGUAAUAGACAAUGUCGCCGCAGAAGGAAAUAGUUGUAAGCAAGAGAAGAAAGUAAUAAAGACGAAAAAGAACAUAGGAUCUGUAAAAAAGAUCGGUACUGCGGUUACGAAAGCAGAGAAAGAAGAAAAUGGCGAUAAGAAAACAUCAAAAAUCAGUAAAUUAAAGGAACCAGUGCAAAAGGAAGAGGCUGAAGGUACUAAGAAGAAAAAAAUUGUACGCGUCGUUAAGAAAGUAGUCAAAAAAUCGUCUGAAAAUUCUGACAGCAAAUCGGAAGAAAAAGGAAAAGUUUUGAAACCUCUUGCAAAAGGUAGUACCUCGCCUAAAAAAGAAAAAAGUCCAGAAGCUGCGGCGAUCAACGCUGAUAAUACAAACGAACGUACGUCUGACUUACAAAAUUCAACAAAGCCUACAACUAGCGACUGUUCUACUCAAGAAACACGAACAAAGACGAAAGCAAAUCUUUCUGCUGUUGAUGCAAUAUCAAAUAAAUCAGAACCAAUAGCAUCUGGAAAUAAUUCAAGUAAAAAUCCCGAUUGUACUCAAAUAAAUACUACGGAUUCUGAUGCUACUCAAACGAAACCUAGUGACCCACGAGGGAACAGAGGAAGUUUAAAGCUUGAUUUAUCUAAAAUACCUCAGCACACAUUCAGAAAUACCACCCCUAAAAAGGAAUCCCCAAAAUCUGAAAUAGUUAAAGCAAAUAUCAACGCGCCGUCUCAAUCUCCAAAAAUAAAUGAAACCAAUGCUGAUAUCCCUUCAGAAAAGUUCUUAGAUUCUUUGUCAAAAAUGACACAUCACGCCACUAUUACUGGUAACAAAAUAAUUAUUGAUAAACCAUUGAGAGCUAAGGAUGUUGCCGAAUUGAAGAAAGAGGUCAAUGAAUGUGCAAGACUUCUAGAAAAUCAAAUAGAAUCACAUAAUGAUAUCGUACCAUCCAACGAAGAUAUUACCGCGAGGAAAGAAGAUGAAAUUAACGCAAAAUACGUUGCCCCAAAUAAUAUUGACGAAACUGAACCUGCAAUUGAAAAAGAUAUUUUCAAAGAUACAACGCAAUCUACUAACGUAGAUACUUACGCGGACGAAGUGACUUCACCUGCCGAUGAACCAGACAGUUUCGAUUCUUGGUCGAUAUGUUCGGCCGAUAUGAAUCACACGCGAGCUGAUUUAAGUUCACCCACUUCACCCUCGUAUUCUCUUUUUUCGCGUGGCGAUCAGGGAGAAUCUGUAAUAGAUAGAAUACGAAGGAGAAGUUUUUAUUUAAGAUUUAAUGAUAGAAGAAGGCCUUCUUUAACAGUACCACCGCCAGGAGUAACUUUGCCAAGCAGCACAUUACCAAGGAAAUAUAGUUCUAGUAAUUCAAGAGAUAGAGAUCGUAGUAAACUGAAUAGUUAUCCUUCAUCCAAUAAAAAACUAAUGCAAAGAAGUUAUAGCCUACACAACGACGACAUAUCGCCAUUUAGAAAAUCACCGAUCGAUAAAGAAAAAUACACAGAUCUAGUGUCAUACAACACAGAAGUUAAAACACCCAAUGAACAUUAUAGUACCUUCUCACAUUCAACAUACGAUCCAUUACGAAAAUAUUUAAGAUCUCCAACAUUAGAAUUAUCUACAGCACAUAAAAGGUACCACAGUACAGACUUUAAUAUGGACGAUGACUUAGGAGCAUAUAGAAAUUCUUCUCUGAAUUCUAUAUUAAAUAAUAAUCCGGUAGAAUUUUAUGGAGGUAGAAAUUCUAGUAUGCUACCGAGAAAAUACGGAUCUACUGUUAUCUCCUCGGAACCAAAGACAGUAGAAUAUUACGAAGAAUUAUUGUCUCCAAGUAAUCCAGAAUAUCUAACAGUACGAAAAUCUCCAUUGUCCAAUGAAUACCUAAACAGAUGCGAAAAUGGAUAUUACAAUACAAAUUUAGUUAAAUCUAAAACAUGUAUAGCUAAAGCAAGAACAGAAUCCACAGAAGAGAUUAAUAAAGAACUUGAAGAACAAGGAAGAAUAACAAGUCAAUGUAAUAGUGAAUCCAAAGAUAUGCCUUCAACUUCAUCAGAUUUACAAUCAAUUAUUCAUAAUACUGAAUGAAGGAUUAUUAAAUAUAAGGAACAAUAGAGAGAGAGAGAGAGAAAGGAGCAUCCUUUUAUAUUAUAUAUUUUUAUCCAGUCGAAAAGUAUAUUUUUCAAUUGCUAUAUCCAUCUAUUUGUGUCUUAGAUUUUUACAAUAAUCCAGAAUGAAAGUAAUUUAUGCAAUAUUUUAGAGAAAUUUUUAUUAGGCUUUUAAAUAUUUCGUGGAUAUAUGAAUCAGUACCAACAAUGUUAAGUUUUAUUUGAAUAUAUUAUAAAUACUUGCUUUCACGUUUAACAUAUAUUAUUAUUUUGAGCAUAAAUUUUGAAAGAAUAAUAAAAAUACUAUAUAAAACUUUAUAUCGUCUAUGUAAAGUAAUGUAUCAAAUUUAAACGUGAAAGCAAUAAUUAAUGUUAUAAUGUUUUUAUAUAACAAGUAUAUUUUAAGUAUUUUUAUCUAUAUAUUUCAAGCUUCUUUGUAUGAUAAGAGCUCUGUUGCAAAGACAAUAUAUACGAUGAAAUAACAAGAAAGAAAUAUUGUUAAAUGAAAUGAAAUUGUCGCACGUCCUUAAUUAAAAUAUUUUCAAAUGUUAUCUAUUCUCUCUUUUAUUGCAAGUAAGAUUAUGUGGUUACAUAAAUUUAUCAUGAAUGACAUGAAUGUUGUAUUAAUCAUUUAGUUCUUAUAUUUCUUGGUAGUUGUGUCAAUAUUUGUGUUUUACCUUUUUUUU